AAGUGGUCCAAGGGGAAAGUGAGAGACAAGCUGAACAACCUCGUCCUGUUUGACAAGGCCACCUAUGACAAGCUGUGCAAAGAAGUGCCCAACUACAAGCUCAUCACACCCGCAGUUGUCUCAGAGAGGCUGAAAAUCCGAGGCUCCCUGGCUCGGGCUGCCCUCCAGGAGCUGCUCAGCAAAGGUUUGAUCAAACUGGUGUCCAAGCACAGAGCCCAAGUGAUCUACACCCGAAACACGAAAGGUGGAGAUGCGCCUGCCGCCGGGGAGGACGCCUAGGGAGAUGCUCCGGUGACCUUGUCAACGGUGUGUCAUAUGUAGAUGCACACAAUAAAAUUACAGAAAUAGGUUUUCAUGCUUUU